AGAAUCAUUAUCAAUUGUGCAGCAAAUAGUGAUGGUGUUAAGGGUGCAGUGAACUGGGCAGAAAUUCUUGAAAAAUGGUCGCCAAAAAAAAUUCUUGGAGCUGAUAAACUAUUUAGAGCUAUAUCUGGAGCAACUUCUAGCCCCAUUGCACAGUACAUACCUUCUCCAUUCACUUUGGUGCACUCUGUCGAUCCAAGAAUCAAAUUGACUCGAGGGUGUGUGACUGAGAAGGGCUUUACAUUCUACCGAGGAAGUUAGUUUAAGAAAUGUGAUGGAGCUAGGUUGGUGGUCAAGAGGUUAAUGUAAUUGCUUGAUAGAAGUGGGGUUCAUCUUUUGCAGCAGGAAAGGGGAUGGAGUAUAUCCCUUCUAUAGCUGCAUGUUUUGCCCAUAGCAUAAUGGGUUAUAAUCAAUACUGCUCAAGUAUUGUGGCAUCUGUUUUCCACGAGUUCUACAAUCAUUAUGCUUGGCAUUUAUUGCUUUCUUCUUCACUAAGAGGUCAUGUUAGAGUGUUAAAAGAAAGGUUGUUUUGUUCUGUUCCUUUCAUUCAUGAUGUCGUUUGUUCUGUAGUUAAAGACUGAUUUUAUUUGAAUCCCCAUUUCUUGGUUAUGCAGGCAUGGCUCUUUACUCUGGUUAUAUUACCGGCAAAAUCAAAUGUAGUCAUGCGUUUGUCAUUGGUUGCGUACUUAGCCAUACUAUCUAUUUUGGUUCAGCCUGCACAAGUGUGGAAGGAUCAACUCGGGAGAGUCACACUGCUGUCCGGGAUCUUAUUUAUAAUGUUGGGCCUAAGCACUGAUAGUGCACCUUCCCUCAUCUCUUCAAGAGCUCCCCCGCCUUCAAUGAUGGGAUUACCAUCUUUUCCUGCAUCUUUGGAAGGUUAUAAAUAUGUAAUCUUGAAGCUGGGGCCAUUACAACUCACCAGAAAAGGCUUGUCAACCGCUACUACAUCAGCAUGUUUAACCUUCACUAUCUUCCAAAGUGCAAGUGUAUUCCUAUCAACCACAACACCGGAGCAGAUAGCUUUUGCCUUGCGGUGGUUUAUAUCCCCUUUGGCCAACCUUGGUGUCCCUGUUGCUGAAGUUAUCCUUACUCUCCUGCUCUCCUUGAGAUUUAUCAAUCUUGUGUUUGAUGAGGUCCGAAAUGUUGCUCUUGGUAUUGUAUCUCGUAGGAUUAAUUGGCAGCAGAUGACAAUGUUGGAGACGAUAGAUGUUUUCUUCACAUAUAUACGUCGGAUAUUCAGAAAUAUUUUUGUUCAUGCAGAGCAGAUAUCUCAGGCAAUGAUUGUUAGAGGUUUUCGAGGGGACAGCACCACUCACAAAAUAUUCUUGUCAGCAGACUCAUCUAGUGGAGUUGCAAAUUAUAUUUCCAUAUCAUGCCUUUUUGGUCUAAUAGCCUUAGUCACUUUGCCUAAAUACCUUAUACAAUAAAAACAUGACUAAUCAUCUGAAAAAGAUCCAUCGCUUGACCUUUUUACCUUCAACUAUCUUAAACUCCAAAACAGCGAUCAACACUUCUCUUCGAACUUCUUUUCUCCUCUUCUUCCUCCACAUUUGUACUCUUUUUCUAGAAAAAAGUCGGAUUCUUUCCUAGCAUAUGUCCAUGAAGAAGAAAAUUGGUCAAAUCAAUUUCCUUUAUCAAUUGAAAGUGGCUGGUUGCUCUGUCCCUCUUAUCUGUGAUGAGCAUUGAAGUCGUUACUGACAUGGCAGCUGCAUGAAAUGACUAUGGAAGUGUUUGGACCUGGUUUCCCACUACGUAAAGGUGAUCGAAACUUACAUUUUCUGGAACCUCAAUGUGAUGUUCCGGAAUAUCUCUGUAUCAGGAGAUGGGAUUUUUAAACAAGUUGCGCUCCAGAGAAGCUAACUGUUGAUUACAUACUUACAAACAGUAUUAGUUCUUUAAGAAAAUCAUCAUCAGAUCCUUGUGUGAUUUGGUAACUGCAAUCAUUCUAGCUCUCGCCACGAAGAUUUGGGUGUUGCUAAAUUAUGAGCUUCUGGCUGGGAUGACGAAAACUUUCAAGUGUUGUUAGAAACUGCUUAUCUGAUUCACUUGACAUUUUUCUUAAUGUAAAGGCACUAUUGGAUGUGUUGUCUGUAUACAGUAUAAUCUAUACCUGAAAUGCAGGAAACUUUUGGUGCCUGAAAAAGGGAAAAGAAUCAGAUUGGUGUUCUUCUUUUGCCUUAUGAAUACGAAAAAGAUUCAAUUUUGAUUGAA